GUGGAUUAACACAGCCCAACGCCAAGAAGGAGGAGGCUCGCAUCGCAAGGAACCAAAGCAAACCCCAGCAGAGCAAAACUCCGCCAUCGAGUCCCAGAGGAAGAGAGCAGAGGGAGGGAGGACACGUUACAGGCUGCAGUAUGUUCUCCUCGGUGAAGCCCUACGAAGGCCAGCAGUUUGCGGCUUUGAGGAAACAGUGCCAGCAGAACAGGACGCUGUUUGAAGAUCCCCUCUUCCCCGCUGUGGACCAGUCUCUGUUCUACCACGGCAACCGCAUCGGCAAAGUCACCUGGAAGAGGCCCAAGGAACUGUGUGAUGACCCCCACCUGUUUGUUCAUGGUAUCAGUGCUCAUGACCUGCACCAGGGGCAGCUGGGAAACUGCUGGUUUGUGGCCGCCUGUUCCAGUCUCGCCUCCAGAGAAGCUCUGUGGCAGAAAGUGAUUCCUGACUGGAAAGACCAGGAAUGGGAGCCGAACCGGCCUGAGUCGCACGCGGGGAUCUUUCACUUUCGCUUCUGGCGUUUUGGAGAGUGGGUGGAUGUGGUCAUCGAUGAUCGACUGCCUACUGCCAACGGCAAACUGGUCUACUGCCAUUCAAACGACAGUAAUGAAUUCUGGAGCGCGCUGGUGGAAAAAGCCUACGCCAAGAUGUAUGGCUGUUAUGAGGCACUGGACGGUGGGAACACGGCGGAUGCUCUGGUGGAUUUCACAGGAGGCGUGUCGGAGCCCAUCGACCUGCUGGAGGGACAUUUUGGUCAGGAGGAGGAAGCGCGGAACCAGCUGUUUGAGCGUGUCCUCAAAGUCCACAACAGAGGAGGCCUCAUCAGCUGCUCUAUCAGAGCGACCUCUCAGGCAGACAUGGAGGCUCGUCUGGACUGUGGUCUGGUCAAAGGUCACGCCUACGCGGUGACGGACGUGCGGAGAGUUCGUCUGGGUCAUGGCCUUUUGGCCUUCUUCAAGUCUGAAAAGCUGACCAUGAUCCGCAUGCGGAACCCCUGGGGGCAGCGAGAGUGGAACGGACCGUGGAGUGACAGUUCAGAGGAGUGGCAGAGGGUCAGUAAGAGUGAAAGGGAGAAGCUGGGGGUCACUGUGGAGGACGAUGGGGAAUUCUGGAUGACAUUUGAGGACUUUUCCAAGCACUUCACUGACCUGAUCCUGUGCCGGCUCAUCAACACAUCCUACCUGAGCAUCCAUAAGACCUGGGAGGAGGCCAUGUUGUUUGGGUCUUGGAGUCGCCAUGACGACCCACUGAGAAACCGCUCAGGAGGCUGCAUUAACAACAAAACCACUUACCUCCAGAACCCACAGUAUGUAUUUGAUGUGAAAAAGCCGGAGGACGAGGUGUUGAUCUGUCUGCAGCAGAAGGACAGGAGAGCUCGUUCUAAAGAUGGAAAAGGAGAAAACCUGGCCGUUGGCUUCGACAUUCAAAAGGUGGAGCUGAACCGGAUUUAUCGCAUGCACACGAGCCAGCAGAAAAUGUGCAGCUCCAUCUACAUCAACUCCCGCAGUGUGUUCGUGCGCAAAGACAUGAAAGAGGGCCGAUAUGUAAUCAUCCCCACCACCUUUGACCCCGGCCUGCAAGGAGACUUUCUGCUACGAGUCUUCACAGAUGUGCCUUCAGACUGCAAAGAACUGACCACGGAUGAGCCUCCGCAGACGUGCUGGACGGGGCUGUGUGGGUAUCCACAGCUGGUCACACAGGUGCAUGUGAUGAAGGCUGUGGGGCUGCAGGGUCAGGACUCGGAUGGAUCGUCUGACCCGUAUGUUAUCAUCAGCUGUGAAGGGGAGAAAGUGCGGUCCCCCGUCCACAAAAGCACCCUGAGUCCGGACUUCGAUGUGAAGGCGUUGUUCUACAGAAAGAAACCCAAACAGGGCAUCCUCAUUGAGAUCUACAACAAGAACGUCCUGAACGACUCAUUUAUGGGUCAGAUCCGUCUGAGCGGUGACCUGUCGGACCUGCAGCAGCACCACACUGUCCACCUGCGGGGCAAAGGCAGCCGGCAGGGCAGCGACCUCCCGGGCAUGCUCAGCGUGAGCGUCAUCACCAGCAACGCCCUGACCAACAUCUGAGACCCGUCAGGCCGGCCCAAACCGGACCAUCACCAUGGCGAUCAUGUGUCAUGCACACCUGUGGUAACUCGGAGCACUUUCGUGCGUUGAGGUGUAGUGUAGAUACCUGAAUACUUCAAACAGCUUCUUCUGGCUACUUCUGUCUAAAGUACCUCAGUGGCCUUUUUAGCUCAUUUACAAAAUUAUUAUAUUAAUAAUUGACUUUUAGUGGAAUAUUUCGGUCAAAAAAAGCUGAUGUUGCUAGCAAAUGAAUGAAAGUGAAUAGCCACACACAUUCGCACUUGUCUGUGGCUACUAGCUUCCAUUUGUUGUUAGCAGUGUUAGUUUGUUUGGUCAAGCUCUUCCUUUAAUGAGUCUCGUUUACAUCUACUCCUGGACCAAAAACUUCGUCUUUCAGCUGUUUAUUUCAGAUGUUAUAUUUUCUAAUUUCAAGCGCUUGAUUGAAAACGAUGCUACUUUGCAGUUCUCUAAAUGUUGGGAAUUGUGUGCGAUUACCGUGUUGCCUUUCAUUUGCCAACCAACCAUCCAAAGUCAUUAAGUGCUGGACAGUCAUUAAACUUGUUUACACAAUACGAUUAGUACUCAGGACAUGUAGGUACUCAGUAUAUAGAUAACUCAGCAUUGCAGGGAAUUACUGUAGUCUGUGUUCAGCAUAUCCAAAUGUUCUCCAGGCUAAAUUACACCUGGACUUAUUCUGUGAACCAGACAGCCAAUCGGAUUGCUGGAAUCAGGUUCAGAAGUGCCUGAAUAAAAGGGGAAUUCCACCAAUCUUCCAAAAUUUCUGCCUCAGUUGUUGAGCCAUUCAGAGUGAUUCGAUAGGAAAUGGUUUAUUGUAGAGAAGCUUGUUGGUGGUGAAUGAAACCAGAACUCACAAUGUCUGCAACACAAAUAUAGCCAUUUUAUUUACUAUCUAAAACCACCAGUGAAUCUGCAUGUUUUUCUGAGCUUUACAUCGUCAUUGUGCCAAAAAAGUAUCUCCAAUGGUGACUUAACAGGAGCAGACUAAAAACGUUCUUAACUUUUAAUGUAUGUUAUUGUAAUGAGAUUUUUUCCAAGCAACUGGGCCACUUCUAUUGGUCCAUUUUUCGAAAAUUAUCAAAUGAUGUAAAGAGCAGCUGCUCUGCUCAAAUGAUGCCGAAAAAUCUAAAUCAACAGCAAUGAUAUAUACUGUUAAUAAGACUGAAAUAGUGGUAAAUUUGAAAAAAGGUUUUGCCUUUUGUCUUACAGUACCCUGCAUGUACCUCUCCACCAUGAAUGGCAUUGAAAAAAUAAGUUUUAAGCCCAAAUCUUAUCUCAAUACUACUGAAAAACUGUCUCGGGCAUCAGGCUGCAUAUUCAUAACCAUUUCAUGUAAUAACUUUCUGUGAGGGAGCUUUUAAGAGGACAUCUGGUUCCUAUCACCACCACUGUGAACAAUUCUGAGCCGGUAAGUUUCUCUAGAACAGAGCAUUUCACACCAAACCGCUCUGAAUGACUCUGUUUACAUCUUAACCAUUUUUAUUAUGAAACAAAAUUUGUAAAAAAUUGGUGGACUUCCCCUUUAAAAGGUUAAGUGAAAGUUCAUGCUGGGCUUCACACUGCUCCAAAGCCUAUAAACUAAUGUAUACAGUUUACGCUGAAUCAGAAGUGCCAACAUAAGCAGGAGGUACCACUAUAAUGUAAUAACCAAAGAUGACCACUUGGUGGCAGCAUAUAAUCAAAGUUAAAAGAGUACUAUUUCUACUAUGGGAGAAGGUUUUAUUCUAAUGAAGUCUUGUGUGUUUACUUUUUUUGUUUACUCUGUUGUCUUAAUAAAGUGAAAUGUCUUCUGAUAUAAAAUAUACUCUUUAAGCACUACGUAUGUUUUUUAGAAGUACUUUAUUAUAUAUUUUAUACAUCUGUAGUUAUAUGUAAAUUUCUUCUGCCAAAUGAGAAUGUUCCUGUUUAAGAGACUUCAUGAUGUUGACACAAACAUUUCACUGGAGAUAUGAGACAAUCUGUUUACUGUCCUGCUAUGACUAAAUUACCAAAUAAUUAAAGAGCUUGUGUUUUUGUUUUUUAAUGAUGUACUGUGCCUGCUCUUGGACUGGAAGUGGACAGGAGAGUAAGAAUAAAGCUGAAUGAGAUUAGGCUGUAAUAUCUGCAUGUUUAAGUGUUUACCAAAGAAGUGCCUCGUUUAUGUCCUACUUCAUCUCUGUCACUUUACUCUCUUUCUUUCAUUGUCUCACCAUCGUUUACUUGUUCUCGUUUACUUGUUCUCAUUUACUCUUUCUGUUGUUUAUGUUGUCUCUUUUGUUUACUCCAUCUCUCAUUUACUCUGUCUCUAGUUUAUUCUCUCUAGUUUACUUAUUCUCGUUUACUCUUUUUCUCGUUUACUCUGUUUUUUGUUUACUUUUUCUUUUUUUACUCUCUUUUUCUUUUGUAUUAUAAGGCUUUUUCAGUGAACUCAUUUUUUCUGCAAGUUUGGACAAUUUCUUGUCAAAGUUGUAAAAGUUUGUAAAUUGACAAGACUUAAUGUCUUAAACAGCGUUAAAUCUGAAAACCCUCUACUUAUAAUAUUCUGUUUGUAACACAAUGCCAAACUUUUUUUAAGCUGAAUGUUUGUAGGCAAGCAGAGGAUGAGGUGUAACAUGUAUCCCCAUUGCCAGUUUUAUAUUUGUGUAUCCAGUAAAGUGAAAUCUGAAAUAAAGUUAACUGAAUUAA